UCAAAGUUUCAAGUAACUAUAUCAAAGUUUCAAGUAACUAUAUCAAAGUUUCAAGUAACUAUAUCAAAGUUUCAAAUAACUAUAUCAAAGUUUCAAGUAACAAUAUCAAAGUUUCAAGUAACUAUAUCAAAGUUUCAAGUAACAAUAUCAAAGUUUCAAGUAACUAUAUCAAAGUUUCAAAUAGAUAUAUCAAAGUUUCAAAUAAUAAUAUCAAAGUUUCAAGUAACUAUAUCAAAGUUUCAAAUAACUAUAUCAAAGUUUCAAGUAACUAUAUCAAAGUUUCAAGUAACUAUAUCAAAGUUUCAAGUAAUUAUAUAG